UUGAUCUCCUUGCAGGAUCUGGUAGCAAAAUCAGAUGAUGUGACGAGGAGUACUGUGCAGAAGAGCGUAUGCGUACUUUCUCGAGCUCCGCUUUUCGGAGCUUUGAAGGCAAAACUGGAGCUCAUAACUCGUGCGUAUUUCGCUGAACGAGAUUUUAGGAAGGUGGAAGUCCUCUCACAGAUGUACUCGAAUUUGUGCGACAUGUUCAACGGAGAAACAGUUGAUGGUCAAGCUACUUGUAUAGGUGAAAAGCGAUUAAGGAAAUUAAGCAUCGCAUUUAAUAAUAGGGAUGGCAUCAUGAAUUUCAGAUAUCUCAGUGCAGGACCUUUUCGUCCGGUUUCGUCAUCGAACACUCAUUUUGUUCAAGCUGUUACUACUCGAAAGAAAGGUUAG